AUGGCGGCAGAGGAGGAUUGGGUGGUCGGGAUGGGAAUGCCCAACAUGGUUGGAGCGGGGAAAGGUUCAACUGAUGUGCAUGCAAGGAAAAGCCGGAAGAGUGACCCUGACUAUAGAAAGCUGAGGAGAGCUCUCUGUGUAGGAUAUGGUAACCAGCUAGCUGAGAGGAUGCUGCAUCACAAUGGCUACCUGUUGGCUAUAGGACCCAACUUGUACAGGUGCAUCCAUCUUCUAUACUGGAAGGUGCAUCCAUCUUCUGUACUGGAAGGUCACGAGUAUGGGAAGUUUCCAAUGUACGUUAUUUAUCGUGAGCUGAUAACUACAACUCGUCCAUACAUGAGAAAUAUCUGUGCUGUGGAGCAAGGCUUGGUUGAGCCUAUAUUAAAGAAGCUUGAGAAAUUAGAUGUAAACAGAUUAAGUGGUGGUUCGAGUGCACCGAAAGAUUCUGAACAACUUCUAGAGAAUAAGCAAGUAAACUCGUCGAAGAAAGACAUGGAUGUAAAACAAUCUGAGGUGGACAGUAAAAUCCAGGCAGCUCGAGAGCGCUAA